AUCAAACUCAUUUCCCAGCAGGACAGCGAGUGGGAAGAGACGGAGGGCAGAGGAAUGGUAACAAUCGUGCGAAACACAAGACGGGUUCAGAAACGGCUGGGUUAGCAGGAUACAACAAAUACACUGUGCGUCGGUGGGGUCUACUGCUGUGGUCGGAUGGCAAACACUCGGCGAAAGCCUCUGCGAGGGGCGGCCCUGCGAGUGCUAGACCUUGUGUCUGCAGCCUCCACGCCCGAGGAGUGGGCGGCGUGGCUCAAAGUACCCCUGGAGAUCGCUGUUAGGACGGGAGAUCGAGACCUUGCAUCAAUGCUGGUGCGGGGAGGUGCCGAGGCUGGAACUGCAGUGAACGAGGCCAUCGCCUGCGGUGACACGGAGGUGAUGAGCCUGCUGCUGGACAACGGAGCGUCGGUCAGCGCCACGGACGCCGAAGGAUCUACUCCCCUUCACAUCGCUGCUCGAACCGGCAAGGCGGAGAUUGUGAGGUCGUUGCUGCUCAAAGGGGCCGAACCAGACGCGCAAGACUGCCGCGACUACACGCCGUUGUACAUCGCGGCUAUGCUUGGACACACUGCGGCGGCGCGAGCGCUGUUGGCAGCGGGUGCUGAUAUGGACCUGCGGGAGUGGUACGAUGGGGCUCACAGGUCGCCGUUAGAACUCGCCGCUUCGGGAGGGCACGUAGGCGUCUUGAGAGCGAUGAUCCACCACGGGGUCGACGUCAACGCCGGCGACAACUUGUUCGUGCCGGCCCUACAUCUGGCGGUGGCUUUCAACAAGGUGAAGGCCGUCAAGGUGCUCCUCGAGGCGGGGGCCGACAUCCAAGGACACAGCUUCAGCCGCAGCACGCCCCUCCACCUCGCUUCCUUCAAGCAGCCCAGCGUCGAGUCUGCGGUGAUCCUGUUGGACCACGGUGCGGACGUAAACGCGCAGAACGAUGACGACAAGACGCCCCUGCACUUCGCCGCCAGCUACGCCGGGCGGCAAGGUAGCGCGGAGCUGGUGGACCUGCUGCUCAGGCGGGGUGCGGACGAGACCACCCCCGACCGCAACGGCCAGCAGCCCGCUGACAGAGUUGGGCACUGCAUGGAACUCGGCGACGUAUUGCUAGGACACGAGGUUGUGCUCGUGCACGAGCUGUUGGCGAACGCCCCGGCAGAUAGGGCGUGGCGCCGCCGGGGCUUGCUGGUCUUGUGCCGCGCUUGGCUCCGGAGGUCGCGGCUGAGGCAAGAGGACGGCGGCGACACGCGCGGUGGUUUGUCUCGGAGGACUCGCAGCCGCGCGAAGCUGGCGAGAUCAGACGCGGUCGGCGCGGGAUGUCGGAGGGGCACCCCGGAAGGUGGUACCGGUGACGAGUGGAGAAGUGCCUCUAAGCGAGUGGUGGAGCUGGAGGAGGAGGGCAUAUUCAGAUCAGUCGUGGGAUUCCUGUGA